UGUUCAAGCAAAAACUUUAGUAAAAUUGGCUCCGGUAUCCUCAAUAAGUGACAGGAUUGACUCCAAUGGAACGGAAGUCAAUCUUCAAGACCGACGUCGACCAGCCGUGGCAAUGUCUGACGACGGAAAAUUUCAGGGCUCAGCGCAAGUUUCCUUCCUGCCUCAGGGCUUGAGAUCUCAGCCUAUCUCUCGACUUCAUUCCAAGCUUUUAAAGCCCUACAUCAAAUAUCCAAGUCCAUUUCCUGAAGACAAUUCUUUCCAGGCCUACUCAGGAUCUUCUGGACAAUCUGAGGAGCGAUUGCACGCUCUGCUAAACAACUCAUAUCCUUACCCUGUAUCUUCGAGCACUUUCGACCGUUAUCCUUAUCCAUAUCAGCGAGAUCCCUUGAGAGCUUCGGAGGAUAUGAGUGCUGGAGAUUUAGGUGCCAGGGAGUUCCCAGGACUCCUUGGAGCGCCUCCUAUCCAGUACUCCAGUCUGAGUGGCCCCAGCUUCGUAGCGGACUCCAAGGAAAACUUUUACGCCGUGGCGGGCACUACAGCCAUACUCACCUGCACCAUACGCAACCUCCACAACCAUACUGUAUCAUGGGUCCGCGGCAGGGACAUCAGGCUCCUGACUACAGGUCUCAUCACCUACACGUCGGACAAGCGCUUUGUCCCGUCCAAUCCUGCGAGGGGGCAGGACUGGCUCCUCAAGAUCCACUACUCCAGGAAGCAGGAUGAAGGGUCCUACCUCUGCCAGGUGUCCUUGUCACCACCCAUCACGAAGACGAUGCAGCUGCAUGUUAAUGAGGGGCAUGUUAAUGNUUACAUCGCCGUCGUGACGCUGACGAGGAAAGACGUCACGCCCUUGCACUCCGGCACCUACACGUGCACUUCCACGUGCACUCCACCAGUAAACGUCACCGUUCACGUGCUCAGAGGUACGAGAUACGAGACUUGGGGUAGUUGUAGUUCUUAA